UGUAUAUGAUCUGGAUCUUUAAAACAAACUAUUCUAAAGAGCCGAUUCACAGAAAUGAGUCAGACUCGUGAGUGGGGAACACAAUCGACAUCAUCCGAAAGCGACUAAAAGGUGGCGUGACUCGUACGCGACGCGUUCUCGCGCAUGUCUACUGUUGAAACCGUGGUUGAAACAAAGAUCAAUAGUUGAAUCUUUUAAAACCAUUUAAUAUUUGUACGACCAUCCUUGAUACACAAUCGGAGCGUCACAGUGUGCCCAAGAGGGCUUUAUAUUCAACAUGUAUCACAACAGCUCUCAGAAGAAAUUCUGGAUUUACGAUAAAGAGGAAUCCUUAGAUAAAUUAAGAUUAGAAGCUAAUCGGAAGUUCUGCUCAAAAGGCUUGUCCAGUGGGAAGCCUGGAAUAAAUGAAUCCAUGUUUCUUGAUGAACAAGAAGAGGAAGCUCUCUUCAGACACUAUGAGAAGAGAUUGCUAGACUUCUGUGCCAUAUUCAAGCCUGCUAUGGCUAAAUCUGUUGUGGGCACAGCUUGUAUGUAUUUUCGAAGAUUCUAUUUGAACAACUCUUUGAUGGAGUAUCACCCUCGGACGAUAAUGUUGACAUGUGCGUAUCUCUCCUGUAAAGUGGAAGAGUUUAAUGUGUCCGGCACUCAGUUUGUGGGGAACCUUCAGGAGAGCCCAGCAGGACAGGAGAGGGCUCUAGAACAGAUUCUGGAGUACGAGCUGCUGCUUAUCCAGCAGCUUAAUUUUCAUCUGGUUCACAAUCCUUAUCGGCCCUUGGAGGGCUUCCUGAUUGACCUGAAGACGAGAUACCCAUUGUUAGAGAACCCAGAGAUGCUGAGAAAGAGUGCAGAAGACUUUCUCAACAGAGCAGCAAUGACAGAUGCUGGACUCCUCUUUUCUCCAUCUCAGAUCGCCCUUACUGCCGUCCUUAACGGUGCUGCACGUGCUGGCCUCAAGAUGGAGGCAUAUCUGACCGAAUGCAUGGGGCUUAAGGGGGAUAAAGAGACCCUCUCAAAGAUGAAAAGAAAACAUGGAUAUGAAGAUGAUGAUCACGUCGUGAAAAGGCAGAUGGUGGUUGAGGAAGAGUGGACUGAUGAGGAUUUGGAUGCAUUGUGACAGUGAAAUUGCUUUUAAAUUGGCAACAUCCUCUGAACAGGUUGAGUGAUUUUUUUUGACACUUGCCAUAACUGACAGAGGAUGCACUUUUCAAACUGGAUUGUAAAUAUUUCAGCAAAAUGUCACCUAAAGCUUUUUCUUCUGUGAAAAUAAAACCCUUAUUUUUUAUUAUUAAUAUAAUUGUUGGGUUAUUGUAUUAACACAAUAUUACCACAAGCAUGGAGCAUU